UCCAACGGAGAACCCGGGGACGGAUAAAAUUUAAUAAAUAUAUCCAUUAAAUAUUUUAUCCGAUACUUAUUUCAUGCACUUACAUCACUGUGUCUGAGUUUUCUGGUGCACAAACAUUUUAAGUAAACGCGGACUCUCUUUUCUUAAAGUUUCGAAGUUGUUGGCGCAAUCAAAACUCUGCGUGUCGAAGAUAAUAAAUAAUCCUACAUUCCUUAAAACUAUGAUGUGGUGGGGGCUAUGGUGCGUGGUUGUGGUGGCUGGCGGGGCUAGUGCCGCGAUGGCGCCCGCGCCUGAUUCCCUCCCACCACUCACACCUCUCGACUUAGUACAAAUUGACCCUCCUGCUCCUGAUGACGAGAGUGUCAGCUAUGCUGUACCGGCAAUGGGAGGCCGCUAUGCGGGCUCACCCUGGCUUUACUUACUCGCUGAGAUGCCACACGAUUCACAGGUUGGCCGCCAGCGAGAGAAGCGCCGCAUGCCAUCUCUGUCCAUCGACCUGCCGAUGUCCGUGCUGCGGCAAAAGUUGAACCUCGAAAAGGAAAGGAAGGUCCAGGCGCUAAGAGCUGCAGUUAAUAGAAACUUCUUGAAUGAUAUUGGCAAGCGAGGCUGGAAGUGGUCUCCUUCGAUAGAGGCGGGUAAUCUUUAAGCACGUCUCCCCAACUGUUCCAGAAUUUCUGUAUACCUACUCUAGCUUAUAUACCCACAAAAUAAUGAAGAGAUACGCAAUAAAAAUAUGUUACUGAUCGAGUGAAAUUUAUCUAAUU